ACUCUUCGAGCAAUCACCAAGUUCUCCGCCCAAGACAUGGCGAACCGCAACGUUCUCUUCAACUUGAACGCGAUCCGCUACAUCCUGCCCCACGUGGAGCACCCCGAGCUGAACAUCAAGCGGUUCGCGCUGAAGGCUCUGGCGCAGCUGUGCCAGCUGCCGAGGGGCCCGGAACAGGUGCUGGCCAACUCGCAGAACCUGAGGAAGAUCGCGUUUAUGCUCGUCAAGAUGGAAGAUGUAUUUGUCUUGGAAUUUGCUUCUUUAGUUCUUUCGGAGCUGACCAGGGAACCACUUGGCUGCGAACAGCUGGUCUCCGCGAAUAUACUGAGCAGUCUCUUUUCAAGAAUGAAAAACAGCUUAGAUCCUGAUGUCCAGAAAAACUGUUUACAGACCCUUAGCAACCUUCUAGACGACCCAGUUUGCGCGUCCGAAGUGACCAAGAACCAGCAGUUCAGCUGGCCGUCUCUCCUAGCCCUGAUGCAGAGCAAGUACCUGGCCAUACAACACGCGGCGCUCCGGACGGUUGACCAGCUCAUCUGCCGGUAUAAGGACCAAGUGGUGCAGAGGACUUUUAGGGCGUCUACUGGGGUUUUGGACCUGUGCGAUAUUUUGGAGUCUUAUGAGUUCCGAGACGUCCACACCCAAGUGCUAGGAGUCCUACGCAACUACGUGGAAACCGAAGAGAAUGCUGCCCACUUGUACCAGUCGGGCUGCAUCCUCCGACUGCUGGCUUACCUGGAGAUGGCCCUGCCGGCUAUGAAGCCACACUGCCUUGCUGUGCUGACUAAGAUGUCUUUCACUUCUAACGGGAGAGAUGCUCUCUACCAAACCGGCACGGACUUGGUGUUCUGCCACCAGCUGCUCAGUUCCAACGUGGAACUACUUGCGGAUGCUGCCAUGGGCGUCGCCAACAUGACCAAACUGCUGCCUGCUGCUGUGAGGAUGUCUGACACCAACAUCAUUGAGGCUUUGUGCGCUAUCCUCGGUGACGAUGCUGCCGUCUGGUUCUACAUUCGCAUGAACUCGCUGCGAGCCCUGGCAGAACUAUGCCGCAUCAUCCCGAAAGCUGCCUUCAGCCUGGUGGAGCCGAAGACCUUCGCGUCUCUGAGGAACAUUAACAAGAAGUUCAAAGACAACCCGAUAGAGGCGCAGCGGCUGGCCGUGCAGUGCUACAUCAACCUGCAGAACUACCACGUCAGCACCAAAGCCAUGCUCAACCCGGAGUUUAUGCAGGAGUUGCUCAACAUAUUGCAGCGGAUCGAUAUAAAUCUGAAGAUCAUGACCUGCACAGUUCUCAGCGGACUGAUGGCAGAGGACAUGGCCAAAGAGCUGUUCACGUCUCGCAAGGGUGAAGAG